AAACAAUCGGCAACAUAACAAUCCUUGGUGACCACAAAAUAUUCCCUCUACCUAUUCCAGCUUCAAGUUCGUUCUGGUCUCAAAUUCUGCACUAACAAAUCACAUUGAGAGAGCGUUGGGUACAUGAUCACAGCAAUAAUCUAAUCUUUUGAUAUUCAAGUCAGUUAAAUUAUUAUUUGAAAUAGUGAAGGAGUCCUAUCUAAUGCGACUCAAAUAGUCACAUUAAUAUGAUUUGUAGCCUUGAGUUUGAACCUAGUUGGUAUUGUAGGUAGCACUCAAACUGACUAUGAUGUCAUUCAGAUCCAUCCGACCCAAGCAAAAUUGUGGGCAUUCUUGUAUGUGUUUUUUGUCACGUCCAGGGCCAGGGGCGUUUCGGCCUUCUAAUCUCCACAUCAACCAUGAGAAAGAAAAAAGCCAAAAAGACUCAAAAUAGGGGUAGUAUGGUAUCUAUCCGGAUCCGGGCCACCCAACAAGAAAAGUCCAGACCCGGUUAGCCACCGUUAUUACAACUCCAACCGUUUCUCUCCACCACCAUUCCGUAUGACUGUUAUCUGAUGCCCCCACCCACCCCCCCCGAUGGAAGUAGAAGUCAAGCUCCGCCUUGCAUCCUCCGCAGCCCACGAGCGCCUCUGUGGCGUCCUUUCCCCCCACCACUGCCGCACUCACGUCCAGGAGAACCUCUUCUUCGAUGGUCCCAACGCUGAGCUCUCCUCCAACCUCGCUGUCCUCCGCCUCCGCUUCUACGACCUCGACUCCCACUGCGUCCUUUCCCUAAAAUCCAAACCCCAAAUCUCCGAUGGAAUCAGCCGCAUUGAAGAGCAAGAGGAGCCCCUCGACCCCAUCUUCGGCCGCCACUGCGCCGCCGAGCCGUGGCGCCUCCUUCACAUCGAAUCAUCUGAUAUUAUUAAAAGAGUGAAGGUGGAGUUUAAUGUGGGCGCAAGAGGUUUGGUUGGUUUGGGGGGUUUUAGAAAUGUGCGUGGGGUUUAUGAGUGGAGUGGGCUGAAAUUGGAGCUCGACGAGACGCAUUAUAGUUUUGGGACGUGUUAUGAGAUUGAAUGUGAGAGUUCGGAACCGGAAGAGGCCAAGAAUUUGCUUGAGGGGCUGUUGAGCAGCAAUGGGAUCGAGUAUGAGUAUUCCGAGGUAUCUAAGUUCGCCAUAUUUCGGGCUGGAAAGUUGCCUGGUUGAGGACCCUUGUGCUUGUUUAUACCAUGGCAGGUUGUCCGGUUACUGCGGCCAAUCAGUGCAAUGUUCAGAUUGAUUUUCGAGUGGCCCCCACGUCGACAAUGAAUGUCUCCUCACCUUCAGAAACUACAAGAGAAAUGCUGCAGUUACACAACGUGAACUAAUUGAUACUGGUUUUCUGUAGGUAGCUUUGUUAUAUUGUUUUUAUGCUUUACUUGUAAAUUCUUAAGCUACUUCACCAUGUGGUAAUUACU